AUGUUCGACCAGGAACUCCGCUGGAAGGAACACGUCCAACAGACUAUCAAGCGUGCUACCAGAACGACUAUCGCGUUAAGUGGGCUCCGACAUUUGCGUCCAGAACAAAUGCGGCAACUUUACCAAGCAUGCGUCACGCCUAUCGUAGACUACGCGUCGACAGUCUGGCAUGACCCGCUGCGGGACAAAACUCACCUUCGACAGUUAAACACAAUACAGAGGGCCUCACUGAUCCGAAUCCUGUCAGCGUUCAGGACGGUAGCGACAACAACGCUAGAGGUAGAGGCUUAUGUACUCCCUACACAUCUUCGUCUCCGCCAUCGAGCGCAGCGCACCGUCGCGAAGCUACACACCUUGCCUCGCGAUCACCCCAUCUGGAGUGCACUAUCACGAGCCCAGAGACGUAGGGAUAACAUGAGAUCACGAUACCGGUUAGCCGCACUAGAGACGAUCGACCCGAGACCACUACCACCAUGGCGUGGCGAGACGUUUACAGAGAUUGAAAUGACGUCGGGCCGGGAGACAGCAAGGGAGCGGGCUGAGACCACACGGGCCACAUCCAACCUCGUCGUGUAUUCAGACGCCUCAGGACGCGAGGGCCACCUCGGGGCAGCCAUCGUCACACUUAACGAGAAUAAUGAGGUGGUGGAAUCUCAACAGGUCCAGGUGGGACCGAUGGACAAUUGGUCGGUUCACGUAGCUGAACUCAUAGGCAUCUUUUAUGCGGUCAACAUGGUGUUCAGACUGGUCCACCAGCGCACAAACCCCAUAAACAGGGUUCCUGUAACAGCAACAAUCUUAUGUGACAGCAGAUCGGCCCUACAGGCGAUCCAGAACGUGAAGAAUAAAUCGGGACAACGCAUUGUCCAUGCGAUCCUCCAGGCAGCUACCGAGGUUCAGGGAGAGAAUAUCAGACUCCGCCUCCAAUAG